CCGGAAACGCCCGAUGUACGCUCAUUUAUAGAUGUACGCUUGUGGAAAUGAAUGGGUUCUAAUAUCGUUCAUGUUGACACAUUUUUUUUCUUUAGUGCUACCRUGUGUUAUUAGAUUUAAAACAACAACAGAAUUUCACCAUGGAGUCUGACAUUUUGGACUCUUUAGAGCAGCUCGGUUAUGACGGGCCYAUGUUAGGGGACAAAGCGCUGCUGAAAGCCGCAGAGGGAGGUCUCUCUUCCGCGGAGUAUGUGGAGCUGUGCAAGUGGUUAGCAUCCAGACUGAAGCCGCUGUGUGACCUGGAGGAGAGCAUCACCUCAGGACCAGAUGACAUCAGCAGCCUCCAGGUGGACAUGAGCGGUUUGCUGAAGGAACUGUACUGCCCUUAUGAAGAAGCUAUUUCAGGGAUUCUUCAUGGCAGCACUGCAAACACAAAAGACCAUCUCAAGUUUGUCUUGUUUCUGUGCUCCGAGCUUCAGGCGGCUCAGAUUGUGAAGAGCAGACACACCUCCGAUAAACACAAAGAAGGGGGUCCGGUUUGUCAAGAGCUGUCAGCGAUCUGCGGAGUGCUGAAGCUACCAGAGCCCAGAGGACAGGAAGCAGUGGAGUAUUUCUCUCAAAUACAAAACAAGGUUGAAAAAUUACUUGAAGAUCUUCCUAAUCACUCUGUUGGAAAGCCUGUGUUGAAUAAACCUCUCAGCAGUGAACAGUGGGAAAGGUUGCAGAGCAUUAACAAAGUUCUGUCAUCAGAGUACGAGUGCCGCCGCAGGAUGCUGAUCAAACGGCUGGACGUCACCGUUCAGUCAUUUGGCUGGUCAGACAGAGCCAAGGUGAAGGUGGACAGUAUGGCAAGAGCCUACCAGCCGAAGCGACACUCUCUGAGGCCGCAGUCCACGGUGGACAUGGCCGAGCUGCUGGCUGCCAGAGAGGACGUCUGUAACGUAGUGAAGACCAGCAGCGGCUCCAGCAGGGAGAARACUGCAUGUGCUGUGAACAAGGUCCUCAUGGGAAAUGUACCAGACCGAGGAGGACGUCCUGCUGAAAUUGAAGCCCCGCCUCCUGAGAUGCCACCCUGGCAGAAAAGACAAGACGGCGGAGGAAGAGGCGGUUGGGGAGGCCGUGGAGGAGGAGGUGGCUGGGGUCAAGGUGGGCGAGGCGUUGGGGGAGGUUGGAAAGGAGGAGGCUGGAACCAAGGAGGACACAGUCGACACGGAGAUUACGGAGGACACGGAGGGAAGAAGAGACGAUACUAGGAUUAGCGUCUGAACUUUCAUUCAUCGGUAUACAGAACGUCAACAGUAUGAGUUUAAUGUUACCUCAGUGUUUAUCUGAAGGGAAAGAACUGGCAACCUGCAGGGGAAGACUUUACCUUUUACAGGAUUUCAUAAAAGUUGCCUUUAAUUCAUUUUAUUUGGUAUGUAAGACUGUGUUUUAUACAUUUUUUAUUCUUAGUUUAUAGUAAAAGAUAAUUAGGAAGAAGUCAAAAAUAAACUGGCCAGUGCAGAUAAACAAUUCAAAAUUAUUACUGCUUAUAACUGAAAGUAUUUAUUUGUUAAAAGGAAGAAAAAAAGCAAAACAAAACUGAGGAUAGAGUAUAAAGGUUGGACGUCAACACUAAAUCUCAAGUACGGAUCAAACUUUAGCCAUAGUUUGAUCCUUCGGUGCAUCUUUUUACUGUGAAGCAUAGUAAUUUAAACUUUGUAUUUUAAAUUUCAUUUACUUUUUAGAAGCUUUACCACACAUGAGGAGUGUAUAUCAUGAGACCCUCCUGCAUCUGAUUUUAACAAUAAAAGUCUGUAUGUUAGUAUAAAAUUUCUCUUCAUGUUGUAUUAAACUGAUAAACAUCAGAUUAGAGAGCACCAGGUGACUCUAUAGCUUGAUGCAAUAAUCAGA